ACCUUUAAUUUUCACAUUUCUUCUUCCUGCAUGCAUGAAACUCUCCAAUCUCCAUCAAAUCAAGAAUGGCGAUCUCUCCAAUUCUACUCAUCACCUUCCUUCUCUUUCUCCUCACCCCCAUCAGCACCCCUUCCAAUGACGACAUCCUCUCCGAACUCAUCCACCUCCGAUCAAAAUCCCAACUCGGUCUCAUCCACCUCAAAGAUCCACUUCUCCAACGUAUCCUCACUAUCCCUUCCCCUAAACCAUUCUCUUCCUUAAUCUUCUUUGACGCUAAACAACUCCAUUCUAAACCUGACAACUCUCUCCCUUCCAUCAAAUAUGAAUUCUCUCUUCUCUCUUCUUCUUUCAUCAAAAACAACCCUGAAAACAACACUCAGGUUUUCUUCUUCAUCAUGGAAUAUCAAGUAUCUCCAUCUUCCUUCGCGUUGUUUGACGUUAAGUCAUUGCCUCAUAUACGGUUAGUAGGUGUUAAGAAUGAGAGUAUGAAAAUGGAUGCUUCUGGUUAUUCUAUGGGAGCUGAGUCCAUGAAGGAGUUUCUUGAGAUGCAUGUGAAUGUUAACGUGGGGAAGAUUAAUACACCACCGGUUAUACCAAAGAAAAUGAUGAUGGUUAUUGGUGCUGGGUUCUUGAUUUGGAGUCCAUUUUUGGUGAAAAAGAUUGUUUUUAGUGACACCCUUUUGCAUAAUAAGUAUGUCUGGAUGGUUGGGUCGGUUUUCGUGUACUUUUUCAGUGUUGCAGGGACAAUGCAUACUAUAAUUAGGAAAGCACCUUUGUUUUUGUUCGAUAGAUAUGAACCAGGGAAGUUGAUCAUAUUUUACCAAGGUUCGGGGAUGCAGUUAGGAGCUGAAGGUUUUGCUAUUGGAUUCUUGUACACCAUUGUUGGAUUGUUGUUGGCAUUUAUGACUCAUGUUUUGGUUUAUAUGAAGAACAGGGGAACACAGAAUUUGAUGAUGGCUUUUGGGCUCUUUAUUUCGUUUUGGGCUGUACAGAAGGUGGUUUCCUUGGAUAAUUGGAAGACUGGCUAUGGUAUUCAUGCUUAUUGGCCUUCAAGAUGGAUAUGAUAGCAAUGUAGUUUGUCUGGCUGAUAUAUUUGGCUGCUGUUCUAUUAGGUGAGAGUUUUACAGUAGAUGCCACUAUCAGGUGAUCAAGAUUCAACCAAAAAGUAGUUGACAGAAAAAUUUAUGCUCUUUUCGUUUUAGAUUUAUAUGGAUCUUUUAUCUUGUGCUGAAGCACUUAGGUGCUAGAAUUUGCACUUUGUUUACCAAUAAUUCCACAUUUGAUAUCUUUCAAUUUACUCUCUUUUAGUUACUUAAUGAUCACUAAUCUUGGGGCCA